UUAACCAGGGUUGUAGUCCUGCCAGAGCACAGGGGAGUUGCCAGGUUAACCAGGGUUGUAGUUCUGCCAGAGCACAGGGGAGUUGUAUACAGGCCAGGUUAACCAGGGUUGUAGUGACUGAGAUGUCGUGCGCCACUCGGGAGUUGUAUACAGGCCAGGUUAACCAGGGUUGUAGUGCUGCCAGAGCAGGUGAGUUCUAUACAGGCCAGGUUAUCCAGGGUUGUAGUACUGCCAGAAAGCAGGGGAGUUGUAUACAGGCCAGGUUAACCAGGGUUGUAGUCCUGCCAGAGCACAGGGGAGUUGCCAGGUUAACCAGGGUUGUAGUGCUGCCAGAGCACAGGGGAGUUGUAUACAGGCCAGGUUAACCAGGGUUGUAGGCCUGCCAGAGCGCAGGGGAGUUGUAUACAGGCCAGGUUAACCAGGGUUGUAGUCCUUCCAGAGCACAGGGGAGUUGCCAGGUUAACCAGGGUUUCUAUCAGACUAGAGGUACAUGGAGGUUUCUAUCAGACUAGAGGUACAUGGAGGUUUCUAUCAGACUAGAGGAGGUUUCUAUCAGACUAGAGGAGGUUUCUAUCAGACUAGAGGUACAUGGAGGUUUCUAUCAGACUAGAGGAGGUUUCUAUCAGACUAGAGGAGGUUUCUAUCAGACUAGAGGUACAUGGAGGUUUCUAUCAGACUAGAGGGACAUGGAGGUUUCUGUAUAUCAGUCUAGAGGGACAUGGAGGUUUCUAUCAGACUAGAGGUACAUGGAGUUUCUAUCAGACUAGAGGAGGUUUCUAUCAGACUAGAGGAGGUUUCUAUCAGACUAGAGGAGAUUUCUAUCAGACUAGAGGAGGUUUCUAUCAGACUAGAGGAGGUUUCUAUCAGACUAGAGGUACAUGGAGGUUUCUAUCAGACUAGAGGAGGUUUCUAUCAGACUAGAGGAGGUUUCUAUCAGACUAGAGGUACAUGGAGGUUUCUAUCAGACUAGAGGAGGUUUCUAUCAGACUAGAGGAGGUUUCUAUCAGACUAGAGGUACAUGGAGGUUUCUAUCAGACUAGAGGGACAUGGAGGUUUCUGUAUAUCAGUCUAGAGGGACAUGGAGGUUUCUAUCAGACUAGAGGUACAUGGCAUUUCUAUCAGACUAGAGGAGGUUUCUAUCAGACUAGAGGAGGUUUCUAUCAGACUAGAGGAGAUUUCUAUCAGACUAGAGGAGGUUUCUAUCAGACUAGAGGAGGUUUCUAUCAGACUAGAGGAGGUUUCUAUCAGACUAGAGGAGGUUUCUAUCAGACUAGAGGAGGUUUCUAUCAGACUAGAGGAGGUUUCUAUCAGACUAGAGGAGGUUUCUAUCAGACUAGAGGAGGUUUCUAUCAGACUAGAGGAGAUUUCUAUCAGACUAGAGGAGGUUUCUAUCAGACUAGAGGAGGUUUCUAUCAGACUAGAGGAGGUUUCUAUCAGACUAGAGGAGGUUUCUAUCAGACUAGAGGAGGUUUCUAUCAGACUAGAGGAGGUUUCUAUCAGACUAGAGGAGGUUUCUAUCAGACUAGAGGAGAUUUCUAUCAGACUAGAGGAGGUUUCUAUCAGACUAGAGGAGGUUUCUAUCAGACUAGAGGAGGUUUCUAUCAGACUAGAGGUUUCUAUCAGACUAGAGGAGGUUUCUAUCAGACUAGAGGAGGUUUCUAUCAGACUAGAGGAGGUUUCUAUCAGACUAGAGGAGGUUUCUAUCAGACUAGAGGAGGUUUCUAUCAGACUAGAGGAGGUUUCUAUCAGACUAGAGGAGGUUUCUAUCAGACUAGAGGAGGUUUCUAUCAGACUAGAGGAGGUUUCUAUCAGACUAGAGGAGGUUUCUAUCAGACUAGAGGAGGUUUCUAUCAGACUAGAGGAGGUUUCUAUCAGACUAGAGGAGGUUUCUAUCAGACUAGAGGAGGUUUCUAUCAGACUAGAGGAGAUUUCUAUCAGACUAGAGGAGGUUUCUAUCAGACUAGAGGAGGUUUCUAUCAGACUAGAGGAGGUUUCUAUCAGACUAGAGGUUUCUAUCAGACUAGAGGAGGUUUCUAUCAGACUAGAGGAGGUUUCUAUCAGACUAGAGGAGGUUUCUAUCAGACUAGAGGAGGUUUCUCUCAGACUAGAGGAGGUUUCUAUCAGACUAGAGGUACAUGGAGUUGUGGAAUAAGAAUAUAUAAACAGCUCCAACUCUACCUGUGGUCCAAACAGGGUUUAAACACAGUUAUAUCAACAACAGCCUACAUCAUCAAUAACACAUUACAUCAUUACUCUAGAAUUUAAUUUGACAA